AUGGCUAACUCUUGUCCCAAAGCUAUCUCUUUUUUUGGAGUGUUACAACGUAUAUAUUUAUUGUUUUCAUCUUCUACAAAGCGGUGGAAAGUUUUCAAAGAUCAUGUGGAAGGUCUCACAUUGAAGCCAUUGUCACAAACAAGGUGGGAAAGUCGUGUUGAAAGUGUUAAAGCAAUAAGAUAUCAAGCUCCACAAAUAAGAGAUGCUUUAAAUCAUUUGGCAAAUCUUGGUGAACCCCACAAUACAAAGAGUGAAGCUGAGUCUUUAGCAACAUAUGAAAUUGAGAACUUUGAAUUUUUGCUUGGCAUGAUUAUUUGGCACAAUUUAUUGUUUGCAGUUAACUCAGUUAGCAAAAUAUUUCAAAGGGAAGACAUGCAUAUUGAUGUUGCUAUAAUUCAGUUAAAAGGACUCAUUACCUUUCUUGAAAAGUAUAGAGAAACUGGAUUUUUGGAUGCCAUGAUUGAGGCAAAAGAAGUUGCUACUCUAAUGGAAAUUGAUCCAGUAUUUUGUGAAAAGCAUGUCAUUCGCAGAAAGAAGCAAUUUGAUGAGAAUGUUAGUGAAGAGGUGACACAGGCUGCUGAAGAAUCUUUUAGAGUUAAUUACUUUAUGUAUAUAAUUGAUCAAGCUCUUUCUUCACUUAAGAAUUUUCUGAAACAUGAUGAACUUUCUGAUAUUGAUGGGAGAGAUCUAUUUUUAGAGUUGAAUGUCUUGAAAGAAGUUUUACCGGAAGGAAUCAAAAGGCCAAUUGAAGUAUUAAAUUAUUUGAAAACAAUUGAUGGUUGUUUCCCAAAUGCAUGGAUUGUGUAUAGAAUUUUGUUAACUAUACCUGUUACAGUGGCCUCUGGAGAAAGAAGUUUUUCAAAGUUGAAGUUAAUCAAAUUUUAUGUUUGGUCAAUUAUGUCACAAGAAAGAUUGAAUGGGUUAGCUUUGUUAUCUAUUGAAAAGGAUAUGGUGGAUAAAUUUGAUUAUGCAAGCUUCAUUAGUGAUUUUGCAGCUAAAAAUGUGAGAAGAGUAAUGUUUAUGUGA